GUGCAAUGAGCGACUGCAUGAGCAGGGCGUGCGACUGGAACGUUUACUCACCAUGUGCUAUUUGUUUGAUCAGCAUUUAGUUGCUCUGCGUUCGUCGUUGUCAUCAAAUGGACAGCACUGAGAGUCUGGACGGCAGCGCCUGCGAUUGCAAUGGCAUCUCUGAGGUGCCACAGGUGGGUCACCUGCCCGCUGAGCCGCUCGAGUUCGUUUGCCCCGCCUGCCAGCAACUGCAGACAAGUCAGGUGGAGUACGAGUCUGUCACCUGCCUGCAAAAGAUCACCUGUAGUCUGAAUAAGCUGCUCUGCUGUAAUCCCAUUCGUUGGAGUGGCAGACAGGACAUAAAUCACUAUUUCAGCGCCUGCGGCUGCUUCAUUGGUCGCCACAUGUCGCUCAGCUGGUAUAAACGCGCUCUGUUCCGCAUGCAGCGCUCUGAGGUGGAGGACCAUGGGCGUUGGCAACGUUUCCGCAAGGUAGAGAAGGAGCAACUGGAUGAAAAGAAGCUGGGCAAACAGCGCGCAGCGCUCACAAAGAACUAGUUUCGAGCUCAUUUUCAUACUAAUAUAACUUUUUUACAUAAAAAGUUAUUCAGCUUCGUAUUUAGUAAGUU